CAGGACAGAAACGCAUGUUCACUGGUUGUGUCCUUAGCGGUGAUAAAGUUUGGUGGAACAAAUCAGUAAUAUAGGCAAUUUAAAUUGUAAUACAGUUUAAAUUGGCUACAUUACUGCAUUAGUUACAAACCGUUCCUGAAUUCGGAAAACGWUAAUGAAAACCAGACUCAUCAGCGCCAUGAAGACAUAUUUUAUUCUCCUCUUUUGUAUUCAUGGAGCUUUGUCAGUGGCCCAUUUCCUGCGCUACUUCUAYACAGCCUCCUCAGGAAUCCCAGACUUCCCUGAGUUUGUGGACAUGGGGAUGGUGAAUGAUCAGGUCAUUAGCCGCUAUGACAGCAUCACGAAGAGGAAGGUCCCCAAGCAGCGCUGGAUGGAGAAAGUUUUUGACCAGCAAUACUGGGAUAGCACCACAGAGAACCUGAGAGAAGCAGAGCAAGUUUUCAAAGCCAACAUUCAGAUAGCACAGAAGCGUUUCAAUGAUACAGGAGGCAUGCACAUUAACCAGGACAUGUAUGGCUGUGAGUGGGAUGAUGAGACAGGAUUCACAGAAGGGUUUCACCAUGUUGGAUAUAAUGGAAAAGAUCUCCUGGCAUUUGACCUGCAGAGAGCGACAUGGAUUGCCUUCGUCCCGCAAGCAGUCCACUCCAAAAUGAAGUGGGAAAGUGACAAGUCUGCCAUUGAGAUGGAGAGACACUACCUCACCCAGACCUGCAUUGAKUGGUUGAAGAUGUAUCUGAACUAUGGGAAGAGUACUCUGCAGAGGACAGYCCCUCCMUCAGUGUCUCUGCUCCAGAAGACCCCCUCCUCUCCAGUGACCUGCCACGCUACAGGUUUCUACCCCAGUGGAGUCAUGGUGUUCUGGCAGAAAGAUGGGCAAGAACAGCAUGAAGAUGUGGAGCAUGGAGAGAUUCUCCCCAACGAUGAUGGAACCUUCCAGAAAAGCACCCACCUCACAGUGACGCCUGAGGAGUGGAAGAACAACAAGUAUCAGUGUGUGGUUCAGGUCACUGGUAUCAAGGAGGACUUCAUCGAGGUUCUGACUGAGUCUGAGAUCCAGACCAGCUGGGGAAAGACCAACAGGGGUGACCCAGCCCCCAACAUUGUCCCCAUCAUUGGAGGGGUGGUGGCUCUCCUCCUGGUCGUUGUUGGGGUCGUCAUUUGGAAGAAGAAAAGCAAGAAAGGCUUUGUUCCAGCCAGCACUUCUGACACUGACUCUGAGAACUCUGGGAAAGRUGCCCAGAAGAUUUGAUAAACCUCUGCACUUCUGUAACAUCAGAGAGCUGAAGAGGACAGCAAUGUAAUGGAAACAGACKUUUGACUUCUCAAGAACAUAACACA